CUCGACGGUUCAGUCUUCGUUUUUCUCGUGCGUAGAAAAGACUCACCCCUCCCGCACAGCGUCCUCUCUCUCGCGGCUGAGAUCGAUUUUUCUUAGCAGCAGCAGCAGCAGCAGCAAGCAAAAGUGCAAAAGCGCAAAGAAACAAAACGGGAAAAUAGCGACAAAAGCGAGUGGUCCCUAUUUUCCUUACCUCCCUCGUUAGUUUUUGGUGAAAGUGCAUUAGUUUAUCUUUAUUUCUAUCCCGGUUAAUUCCCGCACACACUCAUACUUCCACAUUUACACACACCCAUACUUGGUACGUUCGAUUUUUUGCAACCGACGACGCGUCGAACGGAUUCUUCUAGACUAAAUAGAAGGAAGGAAAGGAACGUGCAAGUCUGUGGCCGUUUUUUUUUGUUUGUUUGAAAUCACUUCAACUUCACACACACUCCGUGUCCGUGCCGUUUUGCCCAUUUUAUCCCAAAUGGACCCGAGUAAGGUUUUGGGAUAAAUAUUACUUCACAACCAAAAAAAAAAAGGCUCUCUCUACGACCGCCGUCAAACGGUGAAUUCGCGUCAUCAAGCGAGAAAGGAGAGUGAGAGCAAGCGGAAGCGCGCUAAAACAAAGCAAGUUGUACACCAGACAGAAUGGCGGAGUCGGAGGACUUAAGUAAUAGCAGUAGUAAUAGUAGUAGCAGGGAGGAUAUGCACUUUUUCGAAGGUGUGGAAAAGCUGCUGGAAAUCUGGUUCGAACCGUCGACAGCGUGCAAGAAUGCCGAUCUGCGAAAGAUCCCCAGACCGAUGUGGGAUGCACUGCUGAAAACCGUACGAUGCGAAAUCAUCAGCUUCACCAGAAACGACCAGAUCGAUGCUUAUGUGCUCAGCGAAAGCAGCAUGUUCGUGUCGAAGCGUCGCUGGAUACUGAAGACGUGCGGUACCACGACGCCGCUGCAGUGCUUCGAGCCACUGUUACGCCUGGCCGCCGAAAUUGCCGGCUACACCGAGAUCGAGGAUCUGUUCUACUCGCGCAAAAACUACAAGCGCCCGGAGCUGCAGGUGUCGCCGCACCGCGGCUUCGACGAGGAGGUCGCCUUUCUCGACUCGUUCUUUGACGACGGGCGCGCCUACAGCCUCGGUGCGAUCAAUCGCGACUGCUGGCAUCUGUACACGCUGAGCCGCGGGGGAGGGGGCUCCAAAAUUCUCAAACGCAACAACCAUCUCCAUCAGCUGAUGGAGCAGCACCAUUCGCAACAGCUGCAGCAGCAGCAGCAGGAGGACGAUGAUGUGCAGCAACUCGACGCUCAGCUCAUUGAAGCAUCGAUGCAGCCCGAUCCGGAUCAGACGAUCGAGAUACUGAUGACGGAUCUGGACCCGAGCGUGAUGGCCAUCUUCACCAAGGAUGUCUGCACGACCGCCAAGGAGGCGACCCAGAAAUCGGGCAUUCAUCGUCUGCUGCCGGGUAUGGUCAUCGAUGAUUAUCUGUUCGAUCCGUGCGGUUAUUCCAUGAACGGCAUCUCCAAGAAUUGUGGAAAGAAGUACAAAGAGGGAUGUUACAUGACCAUCCACAUCACGCCGGAACGUGAGUUUUCGUACGUCAGCUUCGAGAGCAAUGUCGCGUCGUCGGAUUACGGCGAGCUGAUCAAGCGCGUCACCCGCACGUUCCAGCCGGGCAAGUUCAUCGUGACCGUGUUUGCGAACAAGACAUCUAUUGCUGCGAACGCCAACCGGGAGAUCGAGCAUUUGGGCACGAUCGAUCAGUGGAAGCGUCGCGACAUACAGUACUCGCGCUUCGCCAGCUACGACCUUACGUACGCCCAAUACUGCAAAUACCCUAGCUGAGGUU